AUGGCAUCCAAGGAUCCCGUCAUCAUCUUCGGGCCAACUGGCCGUGUUGGCUCGGCGACUGUCCGAGCUGCUCAUGAGCACGGUGCCAAAGUCUUUCUGGCAAUGCGCGAUACCGAGAAGGCCAUUCCUGGUUUCAAUUCAGAUCAAGAGAAAGAGUGUGGUUUCGAGAGGGUCUACGCCGACCUCAUGAAGCCGGAAACAAUCGAAGAGGCCGUCGCCAAGACCGGAGCAAAACGCGCCUUCAUCUACCUGAUGUUCAUGGCGCAGGACCAUAUGAGGUCUAGCAUCACGGCACUCAAGUCUGCGGGCAUUGAGUUCGUUGUCUUCCUCAGCAGUUACACCGUUCCGGAAGACUUGACCAGCCUUUCACCAGACAACAUCAACUUUAUCGCAUUGGCGCAUGGAAAGGUAGAGUCUGUGCUGCAAGAAGUAUAUGGACCAGCCGGCUACGUCGCCGUCCGACCGGGAACCUUUGCUACCAAUUCAUUGAGGUGGAAGGACAUGUUCAAAAAUGGCGACAUAAAAACUCCUUAUCCCGAAGCGCUGUUUGACUGGAUCUCAGACGAGGAUAUCGGUCGGGUCAGUGGAUCGGUGCUCGCGAGAGGGCCAGCUGUUAUUCAAGAGAAUAACGGGAAGAACUGGAUCUUACUGUAUGGGCCCGAUGUUAUCUCCCAAGGUGAUGCUAUUGAGACUAUUGGCAGGGUGAUUGGCAAGGAUGCCAGAAUCACGCGCCUUGAUGAGGAAGGUGCUGUGGAAUUCUACACGACGACAUCGCAUUUACCAGAGCCUCUUGCCCGGAAAAUGGCUGCCUUGCUCAAGAAGAGAGCGGAACUCGGGAAGAGCGAUGGUCUUGAGGGACCUAAGUAUCAAGAGGCGGUUGCCAAUAUCCAGAAGUAUGGCGGUAAAGCGCCCACCGGGUUCAAGCAAUGGGUGGAGGAGAACAAGGACGAGUUCAGCGCCUGA